CACAGAAACAUCCAACCUUGAAUAUACGACCCUGGGAUAUUUCUUGUAAUCCAAAGAUGACGGUGAUUGAGGAAAUAAAAUUCUCCGGAAAUGAUGAGGAAAAUAUUAGGGAAAUAUGUUCAUCACAUGUGCGCGUAUAUCCUAGUGCUAAAAGUGCUCUGGACUGUAGGGAUGUUUCGGCCAGCUGCAAGAUUAGCAUUCAACCAGCUGUUAAAUACUUUUGGGAAUAUCAGUAUUAUGUAACACGUCUCAUUGCACGUCAUCACGCAAGUUCACUGAUUGCCUAUGCAAUUAAACAUGUUAAAAAAACAGACUCUGACGAAGAUAUACAUGUAGGUAUGGUGCGGUUGCUGAAUACAGAGACGGGAAAGAAGUUGCUCUUGCGUUCUUUCACGGACCGUAUCACGUACAUUGAUUUUGCACUCCGCAGCGAGGCUCUUUUAGGCAUCCUUGACCACUCUGGAGCAGUUAGUGUUUUUAAAAUUGAUCAAGGGUUGGGUUCUGAAGACCCAAUGACUUCGUCGUUAUUCUUCUCCUUAAAUCCACCAGAAAAUUUUGUUCCUUUGGAUAUUUCUUCACUCGUGUGGUGUCCGUGGUUGCAUGGGUCCAAAACUGCACUCCCACUUGCAAAUGAUAUCCAUGAUGAUGUAUUUGUCCCACCACAUGACCCAAGCCUUCUGUUAGCAUAUUCUGCUCAUCAUAAGGUAAAAGUUAUAAAUGUGGGUUUAGUUGUUGAACUUCUUCAGAAUCACUUUUCACAAGAUGUUCAGUCGGAAGUAUCAACGUCUUGGAGUGAAAAACAACUUAUUGAUGCCAUAGAAGGAUGUACAGCAGAUUCAUUAUAUUAUGCUGAGUUAUCGGAUCAUUCUGAUGCGAUUACUGCUUUGUCAUUAAGUCGUGAUGCUACUUGUUUGGGUUCUGCCAGUCUGGACGGUAAAGUUUGUAUAUAUUCCUUAGUUAGUCGAAUGGCUGGCAAUAUGAAGUAUAAACUGAGGCCAAUUCAUGUAUUUUCUCCUCAUGGUGGACUACCAUUGUAUGCUUUAAUAUUUCUGGACAACGUGUUGCAUAAUGAUGAAAGUAUAACAUGGAGUUAUCUUUUAACCGGUGCAGAGUCUAAUCGUGAAAUACGUCUUUGGUCAUGUUACGAUUGGUCCUGUCUACAAGUUAUACAGUUUUGUUCUGUGAUACCCAGUACAGAUUUACUAAAAUCUUUAAAUAUUUCAUUAUCGAAAUCGAGCAUAAUAUUAGCUGUUGAUCAAUCCGCCUCUUUUCUAAUUGCCACUGAUGUAACACGAAGAGUACUGUAUACACUUGAAUUGGCCGUUGUAAAAGAUGUUCUUGUUUCAAGUGAUAACGAAAGGUCGUUGUCCUCUUCAUCGUCAUCAAUGUUAUCAGUAUCGAAGAAGAUAUGCUGUUUCAUUUCUAUUGGAGAAUUUCUAUUGACAACACCGUGUCUGUUGUUUGCUUUAGGUCCUUCUUCAAGGAAAGCUAAAACUGGUGUAGGUUAGUGCGUAUCCAUAUGAGAAUUAUGUCGUAUAAAUAGUAGUUAAUCUUUUUUGUCUUUUUUCUUGGAAGAAAACUUAUUCAGUCACCCCAUAGUUAUAUUGGAUUACUGUUUGUUCUGACAACUAAAGUAAUUAGUCAGUUAAAUGUCCCUGUCUAAUAUGAAUUUUGUACAUAAACUUAUCCCCUACAAAGCAGAACAAUCUACUCUCUCUAUUCUUAUUACAAUUAACUGGUCAUUGAGUAGUUAUCAAUGUUAUGUUUGUCUUAUCUUUUAGUGCUGAUCAAAUUGUGUCGAUUAAGUCGCAGUGUAGCCACUAGUUUAAAUUACUCAACAUAGUGUGCAUUAUGUUGAGAUAUUAGGUGUUUGAUCGUACUAAACAUAAUACUGCAGAUCACCAAAUUUCGUUCACAAUACUAACGAGUGCCAACAUCCAAGAAAUGUAUCACAGAAUUCCCUGCUGAUUACCUCUAACCGCUUAACUUAUCCUAAUUAAACUGAAAAUUGAAAAUCUCAAUGUUUACCUGUCAUUCGACAGAUGAUGACCUGUCCUGUCACACUGGUGAACUAGUCGACAAUCGCAACCUUAAUUGGGCAAUAAAGCAUGAUAUUUCAAGCCACAACAGAUUAAAGAUCACAAGAGAAAACACAAUUGUGUUGAUAUUCGUUUAAUUUUUGUUACACGAUUACUCAUUCCACAGUUAGUUGGCUCUAAAAAUUCUAUAUAGUUAACCAUCUUUAGGAUGGUUGCGAUCAAUAAUGGGUAAUAAAAGUAGAAAAUUUUGACUUAAAGCACGUCAGUAUUGCAUAACGGCUAGUUGAUAUUCAUACUUGUUAAUAAGAGAUUAGAUGAAAAAGGUCAGUGGGGCUGUUAUGGAAGAAAUUGCAUCGGUGAUCUAAUACCAGAGCAGGUGUUGGAAACAAGUAAUGGUUCAGCUGAGUGAGCGAUCCAAUUAAUUCAUAGCUAUAGAGUACAAGUUACACAAAAUCCGAUUGGCACCUAAAUAUGACACCAAUACAUCACUGCUUCAAAUGUAAUUAAAGUUUACGAACCUAAAACAGUGGUCUUGAGUGCUGUGAGAGGCAUGAGGGCGGUUAUCACUUUCCGGUUGCCCACACCGUGGAAGGGUUCUUCUAGGGGUACCUGGAAAGGGAAAUGGUCUAGAGGUGGUCUUAGUGACCUGAUGGCGUGACCUCAGUGCCCAGGGGACAACUGUUUGUGGCCGAUCACAUACGACCUUUCUGUGAGUAAUUUUCAUGUCCGCUCCGUACUUGAUGAGGCCUAACUGCCGGAGACGAAAGUCCGUGAGAUAAGGCAACGUGUACAUUUUUGGGGUCAACUUUUUCUAACCCGCGCAUUGUUGACUAGUGUUGGAGACGGUUGGAAGAAAGUUAUGGGCGGCCAAACCAAAACGUGGCAUUAGUCCAUACAGUAAUUAACUUCCGGUGUGAGCCAUGUUGGUACAUGCAAACUGCUCGGUUGGGGGUCCGCGUGACUAUGGUAACCAAUGGUUGGAGACUCUUGGUGACAUGGUUCAGAAUUGAUCACAAUAAUGUAAGUGUAUACACUCUUUAUCUUUCCUUAAACUGUGAGAUAAAAAUGACCUUAUUCCUCUCUUUCUACGAACUAAUUCUUUCUCCCUGUAUCAUAUUCUUAUGUGCAAUCUUUCUUUCAUAUAUUACUAUCAUUGAAGUAACCACUAUCAAUUUGGUGUUCAUUUUGUUGUGCUAACGAGUUGUGGCAACUUGGACCGAUGUAUAUAUGUGCCUGGUUCUACGUUGUAGCUGACUUACUGACAAACCUGAAACAAUACAAGAACUCUUGACAGAAAUCACACUAGUUGAACAAACUCAAUAGAUAGUGACUAAAAUACACAGCAAUGUAAAUUAUUUCCCUUAAACUGAUCUCUAUAGUCAAUCAUUGCUUCUGUUAAUUGAAUAUUGUCACUUUUUUUGGCGCGUUUUGACUUUCUUGCUUUCUCUAUCUUGUUGCGUAAUUUGACUAGUAGUAUUUAUUGUGGAUUAUUAUUGAUAAGUUUCAAAAUAGGAUUAAACAGUCAAUCUGUGUGCGCUUUCACUAUAAUAUCACAGCAACUGUUUGAAUGAUCGUUCCCAAAACAACUAAUUGGUUAUUGCUUUGUACUGUUUGGUUUUUACUGAUUGAGUUAUACAUAAUUCAAGUUGAUUUAUUCCUUUAUUCAUUUGUGCCAGUUGUUUUCAUCGUUCUCUGUUUAACUGAAAAUAAUGUCAAUAUGUAUUUGUUAUUAUUAUUUAGCUUACUGCACAGUAGUUCUUUGCAUUUUUCUUUAUGAGUUAUGAAAUAUGACGGUUAUUUAUUUAUUUAAGCACAAAAGCAUUAGUACAAGGAGGCACCAAAUAGAUAUGCGUCACGUAAAUCAUUCCAUUUAUGUGGGAGCUGGGACGCUGCUCGGGCUCCCAAACCGAGUUAGGGGGUUCUCUUAGGGGGCCACACCCCGAGUCUUUCAUCUAAAGGUCUAAUCCACAAGGCAAUGGGGCAACGUCAGGAGACGCAGUCCCAUGGUAGCCGGUGAUCAACGAUUGGUUCAUACGCUAUUUGUUUCACUAGGAUCCUGGAGUCCAUGUGCACCAGUGGCUUGAAGUGAGGAUUUUCCAACUCUUCUAUGUGGAUUUUCCGUGUCCGCCAACCCGGUUAAACUGCCGGACAUUCGCUUUUUGUGCUAUCAGUUUCGUAAACUACACUCUCACCGCGAAAAGGCAGUGGGUAGGGCUUUCCUGGCAGUGGUUGUAUGCACGUGACCAUGUGAGAGCGUUUGAAGAGGGUGAGCUGACACUCCCCACUCUCGGCCGUACCAGGGUAUUUGGGGGCCGUUAAGAUUAGAAGACAUUCGUAGGCUACUGGUGUUUAGUUACAAUUAUUUAUCUGUAAAGCUUUAGAUAUAUAUCCUGUAACUACCGAAUAAUCAAGGUAAUGAUUGGAAAUCUGUUAAUGACUUUGUGGUUUUUCAUCCACUGAGACGUUUGAGACAUGUAUCACGUAUUCUCAGUCAAAAUCUACCUCGACUCCAAUUCUAACUGAUAUAGGAGUUAGUUAAACGAAUGUUUGGAGUGGGGAAACUGAGAUACAGUAUUCGUUGAUCAAUUAUAUUGGAUUCAGUCAUGUUGGUAGAUAUAGAGUCCUUAUAAUUGUUGUAGGCAUUGGUUAAUGAUCCGGGUACAUUCUAUCUUUAUUUCCUCUUAAAUCAUGAGUCUCUAAAUCUAUUUACACUAUUCUUUCUUCAAUCUUAACCCAAUGUUUUCUACUAUUACUACUGAUACUGUUAUUAUUUUUAUUACUCUGGGAUUUGUCUUAAUAAUUUCUUCUUACUAUAUGUAUUAUGUUUUGGCAAAUUGAAUUAAUGCACACCACGUUCUACAUUGUUGAUCGAUUAUUCAUCUUAUCAUGGUUGUUAUUCUUUUCAAUUUCAUUUCACUUCAAUAGAUCCCCUUUCGAUCAAAGAGAAAAUCGGUUCACACAAAGUUUUAAUGGAUCAAAUAUGUUUGGAUAUACAUAUCAUUCAUAAUCGAAAUUUAUUAAAUGGUACAAUUCGAUUUGAUCUGCCUUAUCGAUCUGAAUCAGGUAAGCUACAAAAUUAUUAUUGUAAUAAUGAAAUUAAAUAAGAAAGAGUAUUAUUGAGACUAAUUUAUGUAAGAUAUUUAAGUGAUAUUAAUGUAACUCCAACUAAUUAUGAAUACAGUGGUCUUGAGUGUUGUUAGAGGUUGGGCCACGUGUUACGUGUAUGCCAGAACACUGAUUACCACGACGUGCAAUGCUAACCGGUGUUCGGGAUGGUUGGAAGAAAGUUAGGGGCGGCCAAAACAAAACGUGGCAUCAGUGCUUGAAAUCACUAACUUCUGGUAUGAGCCAUGUUUGUAGAUGCAGACUACUUGGUUGGGGUUCGCGUGACUAUCGUAACCAAUGGUUGUAGACUCUUGUUGACAUAGCUCAGAAUCGAUGACAAUGGCGUAGGUGUAUACACUCUCUGUUUUCCCUUAAACUAUGAGAUUAAAAUCUCUUCAUAUCUUUCGUUCUAUGGACUAAUUUUUUCUUCAUGUUCUAUAUCCUUAUUGAAAUCUUUCUUUUAUAUAUUACCACAACUGAAUUAACUACUUUUAUGAAUCCGGUGUCCAUCUUGUUGUGCUGAUGAGGUAAUGCAACUUCUACCGAUGCAUAUAUGUGCCUGGUCAUACAUUGUAGUCGACUGAUUGACUGAACUCAUCUAAUUACUAGUGUCAAAAAGGGUUUAUCAAUCAGUAUGACAAAUUGGAAUUAGAACUGAAAAGUUAUGAGUUAAGGUUUUGUAUCACGAACUUAAAUAACUACCACAAUCAUCAUCAUUAAAAAGUACAAGUAUUUAUAAACAAUUGUUUACGCAAGAUAUUUAAUGUCCGUUAAACGCAUACCAUCAGCAACAGCUUAUAGUGAGAGAGAACAAAUCAACUUCCAAAUGAAGAGGAAAUUAGGAAAAAGACCUUAUAAGUGGAUAGGACAUACAUUACGGAAAUCAUUAGAUUACAUCACCAAGCAAAUGCUAACUUGGAAUCCUGAAGAGAAGCAGAAAAGAGGAAGGUCAAAAAAACACAAUGCGUCGAGCAUUAGAAGCAGACAUGAAAAGAGUGGAUAGCAACUGGAAAGGAUUGUCUAGCACACAGUUGAAUGAAGAAUGUUGCUCCUUCACUAGGGGUGACAUGCGUAAGUAAUUUACAUCACCUAUCAUGCCAAAAUACCAUCUGAUCAUUUGAAUGAAUUAGUUUCUCACCAAAAUCCAAGACUUGCUACCUUUAAUUUCAUUGGUUUGUUCAUAAAUUUUUGUCUCGUUUAAAAGUCUACUCUACACACUAAUAGUGGUCAGAGAAUACAGAUAAGGUUAAAAUAGCUACGAUAAAUUCUCAACUAAUUUUUUUUUAGCCUGAUUAGAUAACAACUUUUGUAAAUCAAUAAUUUUUAAAAGUGGGAAACAAUACUGUAUCACAAAGUAUGUUCUACAGGUUACUUUCUCUGUUAAUUAGAUAAACAAUGAUAUUGAAAUUCAUUCACAUAGAUAUAUGAAUGAUCAAUCUUCUCGAAUCCCUUUAGAUGAUCGAAAUAAAUUUUUUAAAAUUCCUUUAUUGUUAUUGGUUAUGGUUAAGGCUAUGGGUUUUAAAGUUUAAGUUUUCAUGCUUUGCAGCUUUAUGAAAAUCCAAGAGUUGCUAUCUCAGAUCUUUAUUCAUUCGUUUAUAAAAUCUAAUAUUACUGGGUUAUAUGUUUCCAGUUAGUAGGUACGAUUAGUGUUUGGUUUGUCUGUUAUAUAAAAUCUAUAUAAAAAGAAUUAAGAGUUCGUUACGUUUAACACUAUCGUCCUGGACUUUGUCGUGAGAGUCCCAAAAUAUCCCUUGUCAAAAUCUUUAGAGACCCAGAAACGCUUAAUCCGAUUAUCGUUGAAUAUACACUUUCCAGAGACAUCUACGAAUCCAGAAUCACGUGUCACAGUUUUGCUUGAUUGUUUAGCCAUACUAAUAUUUAGCAUGUUCCCAGAAAUUUCUAAAUACUCAAGGUUAUGUAUUACUCUAUAACUACCCUCAUUUUUCCUGUACAUAAACUUACUUCGAAGUAAAGUGUUUACUCACAAUUUUUCGCUCUAUUCUUCCAGUUGAUAUGUCGAAGUAGGUUAGGGUUAUAAGAACUGAAUAGUAAGAAACAGUUUUGGCUUAUCGAUAGCUGGACUUAUCAGGCCCCAUAUAGGAAAUCUUCACGUCUAUUAAUCAUUAUAUAUGUAAAAUUGAUCAUGUCGAGCUAUAAGAUCAAUUCGGAAAAUCAUUGUUUGUCGAUAUGUAUUGUAUGAGUGAGAUUUAUUCCAUUAAUGGCCAGCGUAUUAGAAUGUCAGUAUUAAAAGAGAUCAUAUCCAAUAAAAGGCUAGUAUUAAUUAGAUCGAUUCACACAAUGGCAAGCGUCGAAUAAACCUGAAAUUUGAACUUAUUAUCAGGGUUUUUUUUCCGAGAUGAUUUUAUUGGGCAUUGUGUGCAUAGAUACAAUUGAUUAGAAAAAAGUAAGCAUAUAAAAUUCAACAUAAAAUCAUUUAAUUGUAAUAAAAUUGUGGAUUUGUAUAUAGUAUAUUACUAUCUGUUUAUUUCAAAUGAAAUUAUUGAAAUUCAUAACGGUACCAUAUAUGCAUAAAGGUAAAGAACGACAUCACGGAUUCGAAAAGCUCGUUUGGCUUUUGCCAACUUGCCUCACAUAUGGCGAAGGCGAGAUAUCCGUCUGUUGAUAAAAGGACGAGUAUACUUUGCGACAGUUCGUUCUGUUUUACUUUACGGCUGCGAAACAUGGCCAUUAAGAGUAGAAGACACUCGUAAGCUACUAGUAUUUGACCACAGAUGCCUUAGAAAUAUUGCUCGCAUCUUCUGGGAUCACCGGGUAAGUAAUAGUGAUGUUCGACGCAGGGUAUUAGGGAAUGAUGGUAAAUCAAUCGAUGAGGUUGUGAAUCUUCAUUGACUGAGAUGGUUGGGCCACAUAUUACGUAUGCCCGAACACUGAUUACCACGACAUGCAAUGCUAACCGGUGUUCGGGAUGGUUGGAAGAAAGUUAGGGGCGGCCAAAACAAAACGUGGCAUCAGUGCUUGAAAUCACUAACUUCUGGUAUGAGCCAUGUUUGUAGAUGCAGACUACUUGGUUGGGGUUCGCGUGACUAUCGUAACCAAUGGUUGUAGACUCUUGUUGACAUAGCUCAGAAUCGAUGACAAUGGCGUAGGUGUAUACACUCUCUGUUUUCCCUUAAACUAUGAGAUUAAAAUCUCUUCAUAUCUUUCGUUCUAUGGACUAAUUUUUUCUUCAUGUUCUAUAUCCUUAUUGAAAUCUUUCUUUUAUAUAUUACCACAACUGAAUUAACUACUUUUAUGAAUCCGGUGUCCAUCUUGUUGUGCUGAUGAGGUUAUGCAACUUGUACCGAUGCAUAUAUGUGCCUUGUCCUACGUUGUAGCUGACUGACUGACUGACUGACUGAAAGAACGACAUGACUAGUUACGUUCGAUUAUGCCACAUUGAAAUGGAAUUAGAUUACAUAAAAAAUGAUAAAACCAUUUUUGAUCAUGAAUAGUUACACCUUUAGAAAAGCGGAAGGGAUUAACGACAAAAAAGAUUUGGAGAUAUUUACGGAACAUUGUAAAAUGAAGUGUAUAUUGAUCCUCACUAUCACCAUACAACCUAUGAAGGGAUUACAAAACUGUCACUAUUCUAUAUAAAGGAGAAAUUGAAGAGUUCAGUCAGUCAGUCAGUAUCAACGUAGAACUUCGUAUGUACGUACAUCAGUUCGAGUUGCCACACCACAUUAGCACAGAGAUGCAGUGGUCGAUUCAAAUCUCAUAGUGGUAAAGGUAAUAAGAGUAUAAGCAGUAGUCGGGAAGAUUAGUGUUUGGAGAUGUUACUUAAAGAGUAUAAUACAGUGAAAUAAAUUUGAGAGGAGAAAAAAAAGAGACAAGGAGGAAUAAGGAGAUCAAAAUUUGGAAGAACACAGUGUGUAUGCACCUGCGCCAUUGCAAACGAUUUUGAGCCAUGUCAUUCAGGGUCUCUAACCAUCGGUUGCCAUCAUCUCGCGGUCCCCAACCAGGUAGUCUACACCUACCGACAUGACUCAGACCACUUGUCAGUGACUUCAUGAACUUGUGCCAUGAUUUGGUCUGGCCGCCCCUAGCUUUCUUCCAACCUACUCCUAUACCACUGAACAUGGUACGUCGAGGCAGUCGGUCGUUGGGCAUACGUAACAUGUGUCCAAGCCAUCUCAACUGAUGAUGUUUCAUUACUUCAUCAAUUGAUUUGCCAUCCUUACCUAGUACCCGUUUCCUAACAACUGCAUUACUUACUCGAUUGUCCCACGAUAUACGAGCAAUAUUUCGAAACACCUAUGAUCGAAUACUAGUAACCUACGAAUAUCCUCUACUCUUACCGGCCAUGUUUCACUGCCAUAAAGGAGGACGGAACGAACUGCUGCGCAGUAAACCCGUCCUUUGGUUUAUAGACUGAUAUCUCGCCUACGCCAUAAAUGACGCAAGUUGGUAAAAACUAGUUGAGCUUUCUGUAUCCGUGCUGAGAUUUCGUCAGACACCAGACCACAAGGGCUGAUCAGACUUCCAAGAUAAGUGAAGCGGUCGACACGCUCAAUUACUUCACUCCCUAUCACUAGUUCGGGUGUCAAUGCAACCCAAUCCUGAAGCAACAUUUUGGAUUUCGAGGGGGAGAAUCGCAUCCCGAACACACCUGCAUUGUUGCUUAGAUUUGUCAGAAGACUCUGCAUUUUGUCAGAGUCUUCGCCAAAUAAAACUAUGUCAUCAGCAUAAUGAUUGAGCACUAACAGGUAAAAAUGAAAUACAAGGAGGUAGCAAUAGUAUAUAUUAAACUGAUCCUGGAACAUCAUGAAAAAUAGGUCGAUACUCGACUAUUUACCGAUAACAGUACAAACACGUAUUAAACUGUGUUAUAAAAAUAUACAAGUGUAAAUAACACUUACAUCUGUAUUACAUCAUGAUAUCUCUUUAAUGCUGUCUGUUAUGGAGUUCACCUUUAUUGUUAUGCAUCCUAAUCUAAUGAGAUAUUCACUUUGUUAUCAUGUAUAGUUAGAAUUUCCUUCUAACCCUUUUUUUGUGUUUCAUAACAAUUCAUUUCAGUACUGAAUUUUCAUUCACUACUAUUCAGUAGAGUUUCAAAUAGUAUAUCUAAACACUUUUCUACUACAUUGUUGAACAUCAUAGAAAUAAAGCAUACAUAUGUAUGUAUUCUUGUUAGGUGAUUGAAGUUAGGUGGUAGGAUACUCAGUCGUGGCACAAAUAACUUAGUGGUUACGACUGUAAAGCAGAAUGAUAAGGGCUUGAAUCUCAAAGUGUGAAUUAGUUGUUUCAAGAUUACACUAGUGAGCCUUAAUGACAAUUAGUGUGCCCUGUCUCCAACUACUUUACAUCUCAACAAUAAUGCAUGCAAUAUUGAGUCACUCAGACUAAUGGUCACAUUGUGAAUUGGUCGGGAGUUUCCAGUCAAUUCCUAAGGUCUAGGCAAAAAUGACUAAUCAGUCAGUUUUAUAUAUCCAUACUCCUUUUUUAUACUUAUAGAUAAACUCGAAUUAAUUACAAAUAUAAUGAGGCAUUCUUCAGUGGAAUCACCUGUUCAUCAUCAGCAGGAAUUAGCAGAUUCUACUCUCCCCACUGCUAUUGAUAGCUCUAGUAAUAAGGAUAUGUCAAGUUCAAUACCUUCUCCUUUUACUUCAUCACUUAACAUAAAUGCUAUUGUUCAAGAAAAAGUUGAAUCUCAUGAACAAUAUAAAUUUGCUGAGAUUUCACAUUCGAAACUGUCAUCCAGUACAAUUCAUAAAACUUAUCAAAAAUGUAUAUUCAAAUUACUGUAUACAUUCAUUACAACUAAUCAUAUUUUUAACAAUCUUCCAUCUUUGGCACUUUCAUCUAAAUCACGAAUUGGUCAACAUCCAUCAUUUUAUUGUUUGUCUAAUAUGCUUGUAAUGAAAACACUUAAACAUGUUUAUAUUUCUUCUGUAAGUUAAUGAAUUAACUUAUUUAAUUAAUUUAAUUGAACAUAUAAAUAUUAGUACAAAGAAGCCCUUAAGACAACUGCCUGCUUUCGGUCUGGGAACUCUGACAGUAUCACAAUGAUUGCUUUCAACUGUGUGGAAUAAAAUAUUGUCCAGUCUGUACCUUUUAAGUUCAUUAUUUUUGGUCGUAAAUCGUGUAUCUGAUGUAAAGUGAUCAUAUAGUGUAUCUCGUAUGAGUAUCCAGUUUAAUGAGAGUAUAUUCUUAGUCACCAGUCUUAUCUCAGUAUAAUAAUAUACAUUGCGGAAACAAAAGAAAAACUGAAUCCACUCUUUUGUUAUAAUAUGAGUUGACUGAAAUGUAAAUGAGAUAAUGUGUGACAAUAAAGUAUGACUUUAGCACAUAGGAAAAUCAGCGAAUUAAAAGUGGCAGCAACUAAUCGGGAACUAACAAAAGUCAUACGGAAAUAUGAAUCAGGAAAAUUUACUGAGUGUUAUAUCGUUAUAGGAAAAAUAUUAACACUUUGUAACCGAGGUUAGAUAGCUUGAAUUGUAUCUAAAACUAUGUACAUAUACAUCAAGAGUGAUAUUCUUUUAAAAAAACAUCUGGUAAAUAUCAAUUUAAGGUGUAAUUAUGGUUAUUAUUGGUAAAACAAACGAUAGAAAUUGUAAAAUUAGAUGAUGGGACGAUACAUGAACUCAUUUACAGAUACUUAUACCGAUCUGGGUUCGAGACAUACUCUAUGCAAGGUGUAAAAAAAAAUACUUCGCAGUUUAUUGUCCAAGUUAAAGAAUGUAUGGGGAGUUUCAACUCCGUGACUUAGCAGCUGAAAAUCAGAUUAAGUAACUAACUGAGCCACCGUACACAUCGAAUACAUAUGAACUAAGUCCAGUUUUCAGAAGUUAAAAUUGAUCAUUAUCCAAAGCAAAAAAAUGAUGAUUUUCCGAUGCCAAUACUUUACUUUAAUGCUUAAUCAAGAUAAUGCCGAAGCAAUAUAGAUAAAUCUUCUUGGGCGAUCCGAAAGGUGCAAGAAAACCUACAAAAUGACACAAUCCAAUGAGGAGAAGGAAUUGUAUUUAGGGAACACAAGUUUAUACAAGUCUUCACUUGUUUGUACUGCAUAUAAUGACAGAACUGUUGCAUCAUGUAAUAACUAAGUACAUCAUUAAGAUUCAAUUGGUCACUUCGUACUUAUUUAUACAACUAGUCCUAAACUCUCGUGUCUAUGUACACUUUUGUAUUUACGUAACUUUUAUCUAUCGGACUACUUGAUAAUAUUAUUUCUGGACAUUCCCUACCUCAUGCCGUUUUAUUUCAUGUAAUCUCAUUCCAUUCCAUUUAUUACCUGUGUGAUGCUUGAAUUGUUGGUAGUCUGUAUAAAACUAAGGUGUUCUAUUAAUACUUUUGCACUUAGUUUCGUGUUAACAGAGUUUUUUCUAGCAAAGUUAUUUUUCUUACUGGAUGAAAUCGCUAACCUCCAAGUCCAACACUCCUGCGUUACCCCGAGCUUGAGACCUUCAGUAACCGUAGAAGUGUUAGGUCUAGGUGAAGUUGUCGUGUUAAUAUAUCUGCGAUUAUUGAAGUCCAGUUAGGAAUUUUCAUUCAUUAUUACAAAAAAUUUGGGACUUGAUUUAAGCAAGUUGUAAAAUCUUUGAAUAAGAAGUUUGAGACUAUACAUAAACUCAAGAAAGUUAAGGGUUGAAUCCAUUUGAACUGUUUUAUCGAAAUUUCCAUCAUUAUCCUAAUUAAUUUGGUUUAGACAUCUGGUUAGUAUUAUUAGCUUUCAAGUCAUGCAAUACGUCUAAUACACACUAAAACUUUGUUGUCUACCGAGCUUUGUUAGUCAUUCAAUCCAUCAUCUAUCAACUCAAAAUAGAUUUUUUACUUUGUCGUGGAACUAUUCUCAUGAAUCAUAAGCUUCUACUGACAGUUUGUAUUUAUUUAUGGUACUCGUAUUUUGUGUGGAAGUGGUUUUUUUUGUUCUGAUUUAUAGAUGUGUUCAUACUGUAUAUCUUGGAAUCAGAAAGGUAGUAUAUUUGUCUAAAUGUGACAAUUUAUACAAUAAUAAAUCGUACGUCCAAUAAAUAUGUGGAAACAAAAUCAAAUAUGAUAAACAUAUUACAUAUUGUAACCACAUUACAUACACGACAUGGAUACUAUUUUUGGGGUGAAUUUAUGUAUGUCGGUAGUUCACAACGUGAAUUGGUCUAAUAAAAUAUAGGAUACCAGGAAGCACUGAAUGAUUAUUUAGUCCUAUGUAUAUGAAUAGCUAACUAUGUGUACUAAUGAUUCAGGCUUGAGUGAAAUAUAGAAUUUUCAGGCCUCGAGGCCUUACGUGAUCAUAUUAGUGAAAUGGAAGAUCACAAAACAGUGAUUAACAUAUCUGGGACAUUUUCUUAUACGGUGUUUAGUAACAUAUUCACAAGUUAAUCGAAUUAUGAUGUAUGGAUGGCAGUCGAUACAGCAAUAAAUAUUGGGCUAGUAACACAGAGUUUACAACCAUUACUUAUAUAGAUAAACUAACUAGUUCAUAAGGUAUAGCUACCCGUUUCAUAUUUAUAUUUUACCUCACCGAUUUUGUAAGAAUAUCUACUGACAGUUGGAGGUCGCGUUGAAUAUUUUCUUUCAUUUUAUCGCAUAGUUUUGAACAUUUAUUUUUAAUCAUUAUGAACUCAUUUUUCUAUUUACUGUUUUCAAGGUUCUUGAUGAGCGUGAUUCCUCUGAAAUACUCACUAGCAAACAAUUAGGGUAAGUGAAAUAAUCAUUUUCUAUAUUUUAUAUGUGUUUUGCCCUAUGCCAUUAGUUAUUCAGAACUGACUGCAUACUUAGUACUAUUAGUCCGUUAUUAGUGUAUAUUUCAAAUGUCGAUGUACAGCACCAGCUACUAUAUUUAUCAUAUCUGCAACCUUGUGGCGAUUGUUACUAUAUAUUCGAACCUCCUCGUCAAUGUUCCCUCAUUUGGAAAUGUUGCUACUUAGCUCUCGAUUCAAUUAAUCAUUUCACUAUAAGAUCUCACUAUAUGUUUUUCAUCUGGCAUUUUGGGCUGCACUGCAUACACUACAAACAGCCGUGGGUAAUUCCAAAUAUUGAAAAUGAAUUAUUUGAUGUGCCUUCAGUAACACAGUGUGAAAAUGGCUGAAAAUGUAGUGACUGAUACGAUUUAGUCAGUACUGAACCGUAUUCAUAUAUGACAUUGUUCAGUAUUCAGUGACUGGCUGGUUUAACACAGGAUAAUAAAUUUACAAUAUUUGUCGGUAAAAUGUAUUUUUUUGCAAUUUGGCUUAAUUCCAUAAUCUCUAGAGGCGGAACGGGCAAGUAGUUUGCUCCAGGAUCCUAAAAGAACAAAUGGCGUAUGAACCUAUUGUUGGUCACUGGCUACCAUGGGACUGCCUCUCCUAACGUUUCUCCACUGCCUUGUGGACUAGACAUCUUGGUAAAACGCUCGAGGGGUGGCCCCUUAGAAAACCACUUGCUUUGGCUUGGGCGCCAGGGCAGUUGUUACGAAACGGGUACUAGGUAAGGAUGGCAAAUCGAUUGAUGAAGUGGUGAGACUUCAUCAGUUGAGAUGGCUGGGACACGUGUUGCGUAUGCCCAACGACCAACUGCCUCGACGUGCCAUGUUCAGUGGUAUAGGAGUAGGUUGGAAGAAAUCUAGGGGUGGCCAGACCAAAACAUGGCACAAGUUCAUGAAGUCACUGACAAGUAGACUGAGUCAUGUUGGUAGGUGUAGACUACUUGGUUGGGGACCGCGAGAUGAUGGCAACCGAUGGUUAGAGACCUUAAAUGACAUGACUCAAAAUCGUUUGCAAUGGCGCAGGUGCAUCCACUCUUUGUGUUCUCCCAAAUUUUGAUCUCCUUAUUCCUCCUUGUCUCUUUUUUUCUCUCCCCAAAUUUAUUUCACUGAAUUAUACUCUUUAAAUAACAUCUCCAAACACUAGUUUUCCUGACUACUGCUUAUACUUUUACUACCUCUACCACUACGGGAUUUGAAUCGACCACUGCAUCUCUGUGCUAAUGUGGUGUGGCAACUCGAACUGAUGUACGUACGUACGAAGUUCUACGUUGUUACUUACUGACUGGGAGUAUCCCAGCCUUCACACAAACCGAAUGAUAAAGUGUGGCAUAUAUGUAUUCGGUACUUCCUUGUACCAAUGUUUGUGUUUAAAUAAAUAAAUUGGAGGUCUUGUUUGUGAAUAUAUGAAUUGCAUGUGGUAAAGUUAUAAAUUAUUUUUAUCAUUUGAACUCUUCGUGACAAUGAUGUUGAUAAAGAUUGGUGCAAAAUCGACUUUUUAGCAUACACUUUAUGUGCUAUGGGCCAGCUACUCAGAUUCAUAUACUUACAGUGGGGUUUGAAUUUCCAACGUAGCAGUUAAACGUUGUAUGUUUUAAGUAAUUCAGCCGUCAUUCCGCAGUUUUGUUUGCUUAAAAUAUGUAUGUACAACCUCCAGAAAAUACUGAAGUCAAUUACUACUCAUUGAAAACUUAUAGGUAAAAAUCAAAGGAACGAGUGAUUGUUCUUUCUUUAUCCCUGAAUAAUUCAUUAUCUGAAAAUUUCCACAAUUUUGUAUCUUUUCUUAAAACGUCUACAAUCUUCAAUUCGUCUAUUAUCCUAUAAAUUCUCUCGAUUACUGUACAUAAUCUAACCUUAUUAAUCAAAUAUUUUUGUAUUUCUUGUACCCUGAUUUUCGUCCGAUUUUCAAGAAUGGAAGAUUUUCUGUGAACUGAAAAGUCAAUAUCUAAAUGUUCAAUUAUAGGACUUAUUAGGUACCAGAAAUCAGAGCUACCUUUAAAUUAAUUUUACUGAUUAGUCUUUUACAAUUACAUCAAGUGUAGUAAUAUAUCUUAGUAUUGUUAUAACUUGUGACCGCCGAUUAGGGGUCAGUGACUUAUCGAUCGGACCAAGGACGCGUAAAACACGUGCGAGCAGCCUAGAGUUCUGAUUGAUCCUGCUUUCCGCCUAACCCAGCCAGUUAAGUUCAGAACACCAAUCUCAGCCUAUGCGAUAUGAAUCAUUAUAUAUCAAACAUACUGAGUUUAUAUUACCAAUCAAACAGACCACAACGUAGCAUAAAAUAUGAAACAACAUGUGUACAAUAUUUGGCCAAAAGUGGCUGUGGGUGAGGGAGGUAGUAAUUCAUAGUCAGGACAUAAUUGAAGAAUGGUAAAUCGUAUAAUAAUAGUUCAUAGGUCAAAAUCAAGCUCAUAAUAAGAGGGACAUGAAUAUGAAUAGUUUAGUUACUUAACAAUUAUACAAUAAUAAUAUACGUAUAGUAUUGGUCCACAAAUGGAUCCCAAGAUUACCAUUCAUUAUUCUUGUCGGAACAUAACAAGUGUAUAUAUUUAUAUAUAAAGUAUAUCACUUUCUAAUUUACAAACCCUAUUUCUUCAUUUACCACAAUGAUCAGUUCAUUUAUAUGUAAACACACUUUUCUAGUCAUGAUUCUUUAAUGCCUAACACUUUGGAAAAUCAAUUGUUGAUGGAGAAAUUAACGAAUCUAAAUAGUUCUAAUUCCCAUUUAUCUAUUAAAACUGAAAUUGAGGGUAAUUCCAGUUUCAAUCAUAAUAUGGAAACAAUUUCUCCAAGUCAACAUGAACCACCGGAAGCGGAAAAACUUCAAAAUGUUCUUUCUGUAACAUUGUUAAACAUGACUAAUCAGUCGACUGAAGAACUUGUUUUUGAAUCUAUUUCGAAAACUGCUGAUAAAACUGCGAUUUCUGACUUCCCACCUAUGAAUUGUGUACCGUCAUUAUGCAGUACGGGUGAUAACUGUACGCUUCCGACUGAAAAUACCACGACAACUCAUCAACAGCAUUAUAGGAGUGGUGUUGCAGUUGGUGAUAACGGUAAUGAUGAUGACGAUGAUAAUGGGGAGAUCGAUUUUGAAGACAAUGCGCCCGACUCUGUGGACAAAUUACUGUCAGAUACAACAACGAAUAAAAUCCCAUUAAAUUCAAGUAGUCCAACUCGUGAUAAUAAUGGUAAUAAUGAAAAUUUAAGCAAUGAAGCAUAUACUACAACUAAUCACAUAGAUGAGAAUGACUUAAUCUUUUUAACAACAACGACAACAACAUCGUCAAUGUCUCCACCACUGGAACUGUUGCCGCCUUCACUACCAUCUCAACUCUCGUUAACAAUGUUACCAACUAAAGAUACUACAUUAUGGUCGACCACUGCUACUAAUACUACUGCAAAAGAAACCCAUUUACAAAAUUCAUCACCAUUGGAUAUUACCUCGGCAUCAUUAAGCACUUGUAAUUUCGUUGUUUAUGAUGAUGAUGAUGAUGGUGGUGGUGGUGGGGGUGGGGAAGGUGAAGGUGUAGGUAGGGCUGUUGACAAUGCUGAUGAAGAAGGUGAUGAUGAUGAUGAUGAUUGUCGCAACUACCAAUCAUUUGAAGAUUUGAAGUCAAUUUUAAAAGAGGAAGAUAUUUUAAACGCCACAAUUAACAGAAUAGAUACAGUUAAUGAAACUACUGAGCAUGACAGUCAUAACAACAAGAACAACAAAGUCAAUACCAACGACGACGAUAACAGAAGAACUCAUAAUGAAAUGAAUAGAAUUUUAAAUCAUUUGGAAAUGUUAUCAAUAAAUUCAGAAAAACAAAGUAAACAAUUCGAUUACAUUUUAGACCAGUUAAAUGAAACAAAAUUGAAACUUGAACGGCUUGAACAAACACAAUUCGAUAUCAUUGAACAAAUAAACAAUGUUAAUUACCAAGGAUCACUAAUACCAUCGACACAACCAUCCAACAUUGUCACAAUGACCGAAUCUAAUGUGAAUUUAGAACAUUGGGAAAUUAAAUCUAUGGAAUUGUCUAAUCAGAUAAUUUCACAAUUACGAACUGUUCAAGGGGAUUCUGCACGUCGUUAUGCAAAAAUUUCUGAAAAUAUGAAUAAAAUCUUAUCGAAUAUACAAGAUCCAAAUCAUUCAAUGAAAACAAAUAUGUUGCAUAAUUUAGAAUCACGUGUUAAUGCCUUGCCAACUAUAACAUCGGAUUGUAUCAGACGUGUACUACACGAAGAAUUAUUAAGAGUAUUUUCAAAUAAUUUAUCUCGAAUUGUUGAACCAUUGCAACAAUCUCUAUUUAAUGUGUUAAAAGAUCAUUUAUCUUCAUUGCCAACAACGUUAACAGAUAAUGUUCAACGUACUCUACGUGAAAAGAAUUUCACUACACAAAUUGUACGAUCUGCAUCUGGAAUAUUGUCUACGGAACUGUCUAAUGCUUAUCGUGAUUCAUUAAAUAAAAUUUAUGUUCCAGCCUUAGAAAAAUCCACUAAGAAAUUAUUCACAGAUCUUAAUAAUGUUUUUCAACUUGGUACACAACAAUAUUUAAAUCAAAUUUCAUCUCGUAUUCAAACUCCAUCAUUUGAUGCUACAAAUUUUACACCUUUGAUGAAUCAAAUAUCAUCUAUGAUAAAAGUAAGCAAUGAUCAUAGGCCUAAUUAAUCUUUAUUUUUAACUAAUCCAGAUAUCUGAAAACAAAGUUUUGAGUAAUGGGAGUCGCUAAAACGACAUUCAUAAAAUGUAUCCAAGCGCGUUGCAUUCAUCCUAAAGCUGAUCUUUCAAGAUCUUAUCAUAAAUUAAAUUAUGUUAUACAGCAUUAGCAGACGUUAGCAUCAUUUCCACAAUGCUACCACCAUGUUCAAAUAGUCAUUCGAGUGUAUCGCUUAUUUAACGCACAAAGCUAUUGAACAUCUCAGAUAUCAAAGAAUCGAUAUAUGUGGGACGCUAUUUUGUAGAUGGUUGAGUCGGAAUUUAUUAUCUGCUAACUAUUGCCUUCGUUUUUGUAACACGUUUACUUUGACAGAUUUCGCAGGCGUUACGUAUAGAUUUUGUAAAACUUUUUUUUAAAGAAAAGACCCAUAUAUAUAUAUAUAUAUAUAUAUAUAUAUAUAUAUAUAUAUAUAACACAAUUUACUAUAAUAAGGGAGAAAACUGUCUUAACAUAGCAGUAUUUGAUAGUCAAGAUGUUUUUCGAAACUGUAAGUGAAUUCAUUCAUUCAAUCAUGUCUCUAUCUUUCUAGUUGAUAGAAGAUUACAACCAUAUUGAUCGAUUUACCAUCUUUACCCAUAGUGCUCUACCUCCUAACAUCAGUGUUCAUAACUCAAUUAUUGCAAUAUACACAUAAGCAGUAAUUUAAAGAUAUCCACUAUCUGAUACAAACAAUUGACAUACCUUUGCUUUUAAAGAUCAUUUCUUAUAUUCGUCACGUAUUUCAAAAAUGAUUAUUUUGGAUUAUAUCCUCUUUUUGAUAAACAAAAAGAUAUCACUCUCUUGCAUUAUUAGUUUUUUAUAUCGCUAUAUGGAUAGGUUAAUUGUUACUAUAGAUGAUUACAAAACUAUAUUUAGUUAGUGUACUCAUCGAACAAGUGGCCUGUAUCAUGCUUGUACUCCAAGUCAAUGAUGAUAAAAUUUAAACGGGAUCAGGGAUGCAUACUGAUGAACAAUUCCAUAUUAGGAUAAAACGCCAUCCAGCGCUUCCAGAUUUUCAGUGGUAGUCUACCAUUGAUCAAUUCAUGAUCUCAAUUAAAACUCAACAAUCUCCACAACCGUGUACUGAUAAAAUUAAUGAGUUAUUUCUACGAGUAUAUCGUUGAAGAGAAAUUAAUGAAUAACUAUUGUACUAAUUAAUGUAACCGAUACACAGUACAGGUAAUGUACUACUUUAUCUCCAUUUGCGAUGGCAGAUACCUGCUAGACACCCCCCCCCAAUUAAUGGGGUUAAAUGAUACUUUCCAGUUAAAUAAUGUAGUUAAAAUCGGAUGAUAGUGACCAAUAUAAUGUUAUAGAAUAUAUAUAGUGAUAAGUAGGUAUUCUUUUAGUGUAUCAUCUACUGUCAGAUGUAAAUACGAUCAUCGUUACCAUCAUCGAUCUGAUUUUUCUCCAACCCACUAUUCUCUGUAUCUUGACUAGCCCUUGUAAAAUGCUAAUCACUAUACACUACAGAAUUAAUGUUUCCUUUCAUUUUAUGUGUUCUUUCUUUGUAGUAUUGUUGUGUUUUCCUUUCUCUUUACCUAUUUAGUCAACUCUUACUGAAACAUUGAAAGAAGUUGAAAGCAAACGUGGUAAUUCUUCUUCUCUUAAACUAAAUCAAUCAUCAGAUUCAUAUACAACUAAUACUAUUGAUCGUAAUGAUCAUUAUUCAGAUGUAGUAUUCGACAAUGUAAAGCAUAAACAAUCCAAUUCAACAAUGUUGGAUAAAACAGCUGUGAAUAAAAAAUCAUAUAAUCGUCAUUUAAAUAAGUCAGGUAUUGUCAAUACUCCUCUUGUUAGUGGUAGCAAUAAUAACAAUAAUAGUAAUAAUAAUAAUCCUAGUGUAAAGAAUAAAAUACAAACAACUAAUGAGAGUCCAUAUUCAUCAAAUCUACUUCCACAACCACCACUAUCAACAUUAACAACAACAACACCAACGACAUCGUCAUCAUCGUUGUCAUCAUCAAUGAAGCAAGAUAAAUUGACACGUUUAUUUCGACAAGCUCAAGUGUUGAUUCAUUCAGAUCGUUUAGUUGAUGCUUUGGAAUUGGCUUUAGUUUCUACUGACCAACCACUUCUUCUAGAUAUCUGUAAUGAUAUUGAUGUGAAUAAACUUUUCAGUUCUGGUGAUCAUACAAUAGGUCAAAACAUUUUAUUGUCUUUAAUUCAUCAAUUAAGUUGUGGUGAUUUAAGUGCUCAAUUGGAUUUAAAAGUCAAAUAUCUUCAAGAAGCUAUUCUUUGUCUUGAAUUUGAUGAUCCUACUACAUCAGUACAUGGACCAGCAAUAUUACACUUACUUAAUACACGUCUUGAUACUUUACUAAAUUCAACAAAUAACAAUAAUAAUAAUAAUUCAACAAAUAAAAACAAU